AAAUGAAGGCUUUAUUAGUGCUCGCAGUGUGUGCUGUUGCGGGACACGCUAAAAUUUUACCUGAUGAUUUCCCGCAAUGCAAACGCAGUGAUCCAAAUCUAGAAAACUGCAUCUUAGAAGCAGUAGAAGUGGUGAAGCCGCGACUUCUUAACGGGGUUCCUGAAGUCAGCGUGCCAGCGCUGGACCCAUUCGCAGUGCCAACUCUGAAGUUAGACAGAACUGCCAACAACUUAAGGUUGAAGGCAACAAUCAAGAAUAUGAAGGCGUAUGGAGGAUCAAACUUUAAGAUUGAAAAGCUAAGACUGAACCUGAACAACAAGUACGUGGGAGAAGUGCGGUUGACAAUUCCAAAGCUGGACGUGUCGGCUGACUACGACGUGAGGGGUUCCCGCAUUCUCACCCUUGACAUCAGCGGUAAAGGCAAAUUCAGGAGCAACUUCACCGAUAUUACAGUCAUAGCCAAGGGUAGCGCAAAGACUAUCGUCAAAGAUGGCGUAGAAUACUUGCAGACUGACAAGAUAAUCACCAAACUCAAGAUCGGCAACGGGCAGGUUAUUAUCGAGGACACUGAGAGACCUGUUGCUGCAAGCUCGGCUGCAGCGUUUUUCAAUGGCAGUCCAACGAUUGUUUUGGACAUCCUCAACCCUCUCGUGGAAGAAAGCAGCGCCCGUAUCUUCAAGGCUUUCUUCAAUAAAAUAUUUGCAACAAUUCCUCUGAAAGAAAUCCUAGUUGAAGACUUAAAGUGGACAGACAUCAUGAUGCGAGCGAUUGCAAAGUUUUUGAUUGUAGGACUUUGUGCCAGUUUUGUAGUUUGUAGGCGAGUGUCAGAACAGAACAGUACUAGCGAUGGAGACAACAUGGAAGAAUUGGCCAAGAAGCCUGUGUGCCACUACAGUGACCCCAACGUUAGUGAAUGCAUCAAACGAGUGGCAGAACAAGCGAGACAUCUCCUAGCACACGGCAUACCUUCCUUCGGCAUCCAACCCUUAGAACCUUUAAAAGUACCGAGUAUACGACUGAGGCAACACAACAUGCCUCAGAACCGCUUUAAAUAUGACGCCUGGUUCACUGAUACGACGCUGUAUGGACUGACAAACUACACAUUUAAUAAACUUGACAUUUUUCCGGAGGAUAUAAAAGUAACAGGCAACAUAAGUUUGCCACGUCUCACAAUGUCAGGAGAGUACGUGGUAAUCGGUGAAUUCCAGAUGCUGCCAGUGGAAUCCACCGGCAUUAUUCACGCUAACUUUACAAAAUGCACGGCAGCUCUUGAUGCUGUUGGUGCUAGGGUACACAAAAGGAUGGUGAUAAAGGAUGCUAACGUGAAACUGCGCUGCACGGGACCUCUAGAAGCAACUUUAAGCGAAGCUCAUUCAACCACUGGAGAAAUGGAGAUGAUAACCGACCACAUAAUACGAAUGCACGCGAAUGAGCUAGCGAAGGAAGUUCAACCAGCUGUUGAGACUGCACUUGGGAUGGUUCUCGAAGACGUAGCCAACAAAUUCCUGAAACUCGGUGGUUUUGUAUGUCCUCGAGAAGACAAUGCUCUGGGACGAUGUCUACGUGAUGCCCUGAACACCUAUAUUCCACAAUUAGCUACGGGAGUACCGGAAUACGGUGUACCACCGUGCGAACCACUGCUUGUUCCGGCACUCGCUGUCCAGCAAUCAGCCGGGCCUAUAUCCAUCACAUCUUCCUUCAGCGAUGUGACUGUCCGAGGACCAUCGCGCAUGCGCGUGAAGCAUGUCGAAGUAGAAUCAAAGAACCAUUCUAUAGUAGCUACACUCCACAUACCUGAGUUGAGGAUGAAGGGUGAUUACAAUCUGAAGGGUCAGCUGUUGAUGCUACCAAUUGAAGGAAGUGGAAAGUUCUCGGCUAAAUAUGGUGACAUCGACGCAACAGUUACAAUCGUUCUGGGUCGCACACCUAGGGAUAACGCAGCAGCUGAUGCCUUGGCCUGUAAAAGUCUUGGUGUCAAAUUCCAUAUAGGGAAGGCUGUGAUGGAACUGAAUAAUUUGUUUGGAGGAGACGACGAUUUAGGAAAUGCGAUGAACAAAUUCCUGAAUGAAAACUGGGAGAAUCUGUUAGUAGAACUUCAAUCGCCAAUGGAGGACGCUUUAAGAGAUUUCUUGAAACCGUUGGCAGAUCACGCUUUUGGGACAUUAGACGCCGAUGAUAUAUUACUAUCGAAGUAGCAUAUAUAAUAUGACGACAUAAACGUGAAAUAAUAAUCUUACAACAGAACCCAGAUUUCAGUUAAAUUUUUGCAACACUGAACUUAAGGUUAUGAAUAAUUUAUAAUAAUAAAUUAAGAAAGACGAUUGCUUCUAGUCCGGCCCUGAUUAUCUAUGACAUUGAAAUCUAAAUUACGCAAAAAAUGCAUAUUGUUACAUUGAUUAGAAAGGUGUCAACCUUUCUAUUAUUUUAUUACCUUGUUUUAAUAAUUUACUUUGAUGUAGGUAUGUUUUAAUUCAGAGUUUGAAGUGAUUUGAACCCACUUUGACGACAAUAUGGCGAUGCUAAGAAUUGUCUGACAACGCACAAAAAUAAAACAAACCCUGCAAAACCCUGGCGUAUUCCAUUUUGUUUUUACAUACUACAUAUUUUACGUUGCGAUAAAUUUACGAGAACUGUCAAUUUUUAUGUCGCAAAUUGUGACGAUCAGUUACACAGAACUGUAUUUUUUUAAUAUCACAUAAUGCGUUUAAAGGACGCGUUAUGCCUUGAAUGUCAUAGAGAGCCACGGCACUUGAUUAUAUUAUGAGAUUACUAUAAUUCAUGUCCAAUAAUAUCGUGCCAACCUAGCAUAUAAUGUACAAAUUAAAACGUUGUUAUUUAUUGA